AUGCCUCCCGUUCCCCUUCAGCGAAGACCUUUGUCCCAUGAAGACCCGGCGCUCACCGAUGAAGAUGUCGGCCUCCUCUACCAGGUCAUUACCCGUGCGGAGAGGGAUCCAGAAGUCGAGCGACUCCCGUACCGUGUGCUAUUCAAGGCCUACGACGAGGUUAUUGCCGAACAUGGCGUCGACGCGGAUCCAGGCUAUGCCUGUAUGCGCUUCUUGCUCAAAAUGGGAAGCAAACAUGUCGUAGGAGAGUCGCUCUUCGACAAAUUCGAAAACCUCCUCGAACGGAUGGGCAUUGUCAUUGAAUUCGGCGGCGAGGAUGAUACCUACGAUGAGACGUACCCGGACAGUGUACCCUCCAUCGAAAGCAGGCCUAGGCGAAGGAUACGCGACACCCGGGAGGACUCAACGCAGCCACAGCCACAAAAACAACUACAGACACCUCUGCGAAGGCGGGCGUCCUUCAAUUCCAUGUACGAUGUUGGCGACGAUCCCACUCAGAGAAGCUUCAUCAACCGCCCAAGCUCACGGUCGUCCAUGUCGCGAAUACAAGUCGGGAAGCCUGAGUAUCCGUUCACAAAGCCGUCGCCGUCUCCGAAGCAUGCGCGGGUCUCUCCAGAAGCGGAGUCCCCCGACAGAACUCAAUUGAUGGCACAGUUUAUCGACGUGGGUCGCCGGCUCAUGAGUCGGAUGGACUUUCUGGCUGCGCAAUCCUCGUCUGCUCAGCCGCCGCCGGCUGACGAGAAGCCUCUUCCCAAUGGACUCUAUGCCCGGUCUGCCGUCGACCGCGAUCGCUCAGAGAGAAUAGCGGAAGCCUCACGAGCCCGGCGCUCGAAAACAUCCUCAAAUGGCUCCGAUGAAGAGGGAGAGCAAUCAUCUUCAGUGUCCUCUAGUGACGAUAGCAUCAGUCCCCUUGAACGGCCUGAGAUGCCGCCGGAAAUGCUAUAUAGGCCAUCGCUUUCGGAUCUGCUGCGAGAUGCAUCGACUUUCAAUAUGUACCGCCAACGGGCCAUCAACCGUCGACUUCUCACGCAGUGGGUUAAGAGGGCGAUACAGGCCAGACAGAGCCACCAUAAUAUGGAGAUGGUCGCCGUAAAUCGAGACCGAAACACCUUGCUUCGACAGGCGUUUCAAACGUGGCAUACCAUCAUCCGCGACAGACGGCAGGAAGAGCGAACGGAGAGAUUCUUCAAGCAUCUGGAAGAGCGCGCGGGACGGGCUCGGGAUCUCUUUCUCCUCACCAAGGCGUUCUCUCACUGGGCGCAACUGACUGCAGAGGAACUUGCUCGGACAUCUGCAGCUCGGCGACAUAUCCUUAGCGUCAAGUACUUCCAUGCAUGGCGUGAGAUCACCGCAGUCAAUGAGAUGAAAGCCCAGCGCUUCGCUUUGCGAAAACCUUUUGCUGCCUGGCUAAAAAGGACCAGAGAGGUCAAACAGGCGGAAGAGAAGGCGGUUGUUAUCAGUAGGGAGAAGUCGAAACAUACAUUCUAUUGGCAGUGGUUCUGGAGCUUCUGCGAACAGCGUGCCCCUCAGUGGUACGACUAUUGCCUCAAGAGACGCUCUCUGUUGUACUGGUUGCGCAAGUUUCGAACCAACAGGGAGUGCAUUCAUGAAAUUGAUGUUCGGAACAAGCAUUAUGCUGUGGGAUCGGUAAUGCAACUUUGGCAUGAAAGGACUCAAGGUGUCAUUGCGAGGGAGCAACAAGUAGCAUUGAUGGAGCGCCGCAAGGUUCUGGAGGAGAAGCUGAUAGAAUGGAGGGCUCAAGCUCAUUUAGCCCCGGUCGCUAACCAUGUUACAAAAAUGGUGGACACACAUAUCCUUCAAGCGGCGUACUCGCAGUGGGUGCAUCGCGCUCAAAUGCUGAAGCAGGCACGGGAGAUGGAUCGGCAACGGAUUAUACGCAAUGCGUGGACAACGUGGAAUGACCAGCUUCGCUGUCAGGCUCUCUAUGCUCGAAUUGAGGAACGUAUCAAGCUCGAAGCGAUGUACAAAUGGAUUUUAGCGGAGAGAUACCGUCUCAUGCAGCGCAUUAGGGAGCAGCGCAUCAAGCGGGAAGUUUUCUCGGUCUUUGUGACUAACGUUCGGAGGACUUAUGCCGAAUUGCUUGACCGUGCGGAGGUAUUUGAGGAGCAACGAAACGAAGACUUGCUCCGAACCAAGCUGGAACGCUGGCGGGAUCAGCUAUCGUUGCAACGCGAGAGGGAGAUGGUUGCCUCCGAGUUCUACGCUCCACGCUUAGCGCAGGAAUCGCUUGUGGCCUGGCGUUCCAAAUAUCAGCAUGUGGUCAAGAUAGAGGGAUGGGCUAAUACCGCCAGAUACUACUUCCUGGCUACCAAGUUCACCAAGAAAUGGCGCGUCGCGACAGUUGAAUCUGCCAAAAAACGUCGCCAACAAGCGUAUAUCCAGACACGGAGGAAGAUCAAGAUCAAUCUGGCAUCGAAAGCUCUAUCUCAUUGGCACUCCAGGUCCUUACAUAUGGCAGGUCUGGAGCAGCAAGCCCUGCAAUUCUCACGGCAACACUGCUUGGCAAUGGCGUCCGAGCUUGUACCUCGAUGGCAAGAGAAAACCUUCAAUCGCCUCCAGGACUGCGAUGCGGCCGAUGAUCAUUAUGCGCGCCAAAUUGUUGGCGAACAAUUGACGCGCUGGGUCGAGGCCUUGCUUGUGUAUCAGCGCCAGGAGCAACAAGCAAAUAACAUGAAUCGGGAGCAUGUCCUUGGCCAGGCCAAUAUCCAAUUGCGGAAGCUCAGCUUCCGUGUCUUCCAGGUCAAGAGCUUCUCCGAGACCGCCGAGGCGAUGAAGGAACGAAACCUAAGGAAGCACUGUCGAAGCAUGUUCCGUAGCUGGCUGGAGAAAGCACGCGUGAAGUCCGAGUCGCGGGACUUACCAGGGCCUCUGAUAAGUCCGACGAGAAACUAUGAUGGAGCGACCUUCGAAGCCGAGCCGAACCGACGCAUUUUCGAUCCUUGGUAUCAAACCACGACUCCCUUUAAGACCAACGACCUAGCUGUGGCCGCGAACAGCCAAAUUCAAUUGGCUUCGACUACGCCGCUGGCGACACCCAACUUCCUCACCUCGCCGUCCAAACGAGCCGCCAGAGCGCGGGCCAUGGCGCAGGUUUCCACUACUCCUGCGACGCCCUCUUACACUCCAUUUGCCAGUCGACUUUUGCGCGUCGGUACUGUUCUGCCUCGAACCGACUCGACUAGACGCCGUACUGGACGAGCGAGCGCACUGGGCACUAGCGUCCGGUUCGUGGAUGAAGAACCGGGGUCUCCUUCCGAUGGCAGAAGAUCAUCCGGUCGACGGACGUGAAACCCUUCCGGGUUAUACUUGUAUAGGACUUUAUGUACAUUUUGUUCUGGUUCCCUUUGUCUAUUUUGGGGUUUUGGAUGGUGCAGCUUUUUGG